AUGACGAUGGGACUUGAGAGGAGGAAGGAAGAGAAGUGGGAGAAGAGUGGUGAUCAGUCGGCGAAGCAGCAGAGGGGAUGCAAGAAGGUGGAUGAGGAUAAGAAAGAAAGUACUGGUGUGGAAUUUUCUUUAUUUUCUUUUUAUUAUUAUUAUUUUAACGGUGGUGACGGAGGCUGCCACUAG